UUUCACAAAAUUAAUCAAAUCCAAACAGAGAUGACAACAGCUUCAUCAUCCGCCUCCUGUCACCUCCUUCUCGUUCUCCGUUCACAACCGCCGUUACCGUCACCGUCUUCUUCUUCCUCUUUCAUUUCCUUUCUCAAACCUUUCUUUCUUCCUUCUUCCAAUAUUACCCUUCGUAAAUUUCACCUUCUUCCAAAAAAUACCCUUUUCCCCACUUUCUUAUCCACACCCCCAUCCUCUUCCCGCUCUUUUUCCUACACCCCUCCCCUCUCUUCCUUCAAUGGAAGUUUAACUUCAAAAUCCAUAGAAGAAGAAGAAGAAUAUGAUGAAGAAACAGGUUUUUCAGAAGAUGAAGUUGAGACUGAAAAGGACAAUUUUGAAGAUGCCCAAGUGGUGGAGGAUUCGAAUUCAUCGCCAUUGGUUAGACAGAGAGAAGAGAGAUUGAAGGUGAAAUUACCGAGUUUAAGUGUGAAGGAAAAGAAAGAACUUGGGUCUUUUGCACAUAGUUUGGGGAAAAAGCUUAAGACACAAUUAGUGGGUAAAUCUGGUGUUACUCCAAAUCUUAUUACCGCUUUCAGUGAUAACCUUGAAGCUAAUGAACUUCUCAAGAUUAAAAUACAUGGGAGUUGUCCAAGUGAGUUAGAUGAUGUUGUGAAGCAGUUGGAAGAAGAAACCGGUUCAGUGACAGUUGGUCAGAUUGGUCGAACCCUUAUUUUAUACAGGCCUAGUCUCUCCAAAUUGAAGGUAGAAGAGAAGAAGAAAGAAGUUCAGAAACUUUAUCUGGAAAAACAACGUAAACGGAGAUUGCUAAUAAACAGGAGUAAGGAACGAGAAGCACCCAAAUCAUCACGGCGAGGUUCGUCGUGGAAAGUAAAAGGCAGCAGGUCAUAACCACGUUAUAGUUUGUCAUGGUGCUUAGCCUGAACAAGAUCAAGACUUUUUUCAUGCGUCCGUACCGAUAUUCAAGGUACACCUGAACACUGGACAUUUUACUGGCAGUUGAGAAUUCAGUGAUUAGUGAAAGUCCAUUUUUGGAUCAAGAAAGGCUUGUAUAUGGUUAUGGAAUGUGGUUCCUGACCAGAGGCUCUGGCCCAGAGCUGAAGAGCAUAGUUUGGUUUGUUCUGUCGAAUAACCAAAGCAGUAGAUUCUAUUAUGAUGAACAAAUUUCAUUUUGUUAUUAUUUAAUCUCAAAGAUUAUUAAUUGCAAUUUUUUUAACCAAA